AUGUCAAAAAGGGUUCGAGAAACAGCAAUUGGAAUUGAUCUUGGAACAACAUACUCGUGCGUUGCGGCGUGGUUUGAUCAACACAACCGUGUGGAGAUCAUUCCAAAUCAUCAAGGCAACAGGAUUACGCCUUCUUGUGUUGCUUGGAAUGGGACCCGCCUCUUGGUUGGCGAGGCUGCCAAAAAUCAAAUAACUCGAAAUCCUAGAAACACUGCAUUUGAUGUUAAACGCUUAAUGGGGAGUAGAUUCAGUGAUAGUAGUGUGAAGAAGGACAUAGAGUCAUGGCCUUUUAAGGUAAUCGAAGGGAAUGAACAGAAGCCAAUGAUUGUGUUUGAACACAAUUCAGUCAAAAAAGUUUUUUCCCCCGAAGAAAUAUCUUCUUUGAUUCUAAGAGAUUUGAAAGUAGCUGCGGAAGCAUAUCUUGGAACAAAAGUUACCAAUGCAGUGAUAACUGUUCCUGCAUAUUUUAGUGACAAGCAACGACAGGCAACCAAGGAUGCUGGUACGCUGGCUGGGCUUAAUGUUAUGCGUUUAAUUAAUGAGCCAACAUCAGCUGCAAUUGCAUAUGGUCUAGAUAAGAGUGCUGACAUAAAUCGCCCAAAAGAGAAAACUGUGUUGAUAUUUGAUAUGGGUGGAGGUACAUUUGACGUGUCUCUUCUCAAUAUAAGACAGGACGGUACCAUUGCUGUUAAAUCUGUGGAUGGUGACACUCAUCUCGGGGGAGAAGAUUUUGACAAGUUGAUGGUGAAUCAUUGUGUACAAGAAUUCAAGAGAAAAGAAGGGAAGGAUUUAAGCGUGAAUGCAAGAGAAAUGAUGAGGCUGAAAAUAGCUUGCGAGAAAGCUAAGAGGGAUCUGUCAUCCACUCCACAAACGCCAAUUGAAAUUGACUGCUUGUAUGAGGGAACUGAUUUUACCACGAAAUUCAGUCGGGCAAAAUUUGAGGAGCUAAAUGCUGGUUUCUUCAGCAUGUGUAUUAAGCAUGUGGAGAACUGUUUGAGAGAUGGGAAGGUGCGUAAGAAAGACGUUGAUGAUGUAGUUAUUGUUGGUGGAUCGACACGUAUCCCAAAGGUACAAAAGAUGCUGACUGAGUUCUUCAAUGGGAAACCACUUUGUAGGAGCAUUAACGCAGAUGAAGCUGUAGCUUAUGGUGCAGCAGUGUUGGCUGCAAACUUAAGCGGUAAUGGGAAUGUAAAGGUACAAGAUUUGGUAUUGUCAGAUGUGACCCCUCACUCUCUUGGCAUCUGGGUCCGAACAAUUGAUAUGAUUAAUUUGGUGAGUGUAUUAAUUCCAAGAAACACACCUACACCCUGCAUCAAGACAAAUGUAUUUACUACUAUAUGUGACAACCAAACAAGCGUAAAUAUCAGUGUAUAUGAGGGCGAGGGCAGAACUAUAAACGAAAACAUCUUCCUGGACAAAUUCAUUCUCUCUGGCAUUCCGCCAGCCCCUGCAUAUCAAGAGAAGAUAAAAGUGUGCUUUAACUUAGAUGCCAAUGGUAUACUAUUUGUUUCGGCUGAGUCAAUAUCAUCUGGUAGUAAUAAUAGUAUUAGAAUUGAAAGGAGUGGUCGCUCAAGAAAAGAAUCAAAAGCAGUAGACAUUUACCAAAGUGUUAUAUCAAUUGAAGAAAUGGAUGAAGAAGUCCUCAAUUGA